UAAGGAAGCACAGCCCUUUGUGUUUCCAGGUGCCAGUUGCCUCACUAUCACUCAUUAAGCCAGCAAGUGAAGGGGCUAGACUGGCUGGUGUGUGAUAGUUUAACUGGGCUCUCUUCAGAGCAUCUGGCAUGGAGAUCGGUGUGGUUAUGGUGGCCCUUCUGGCCAUCUUAAUUUCUUGCCUGCUGCUGUUUCGGAAGGGGAAAGGACAGGGCACGGGGGGCCGCUUGCCACCCGGACCGCGCCCACUCCCCAUCGUGGGCAACCUGUUCCAGCUGGAUCCGAAGAACCCGAUCAGUUCCCUCUUGGCGCUGAGAGAGAGAUACGGCUCCGUUUACACCAUCUACCUGGGCUCCCAGCCUUUCGUGGUGCUGUGUGGCUACCAGACUGUGAAGGAGGCCCUGGUGGACCAAGGCGAGGACUUCAGCGGGCGAAGCGACUAUCCUGCAUUAACCAAAGUCACCCAAGGGGAUGGGAUUGCUUUUUCUAAUGGAGAAAAAUGGAAAGUGUUGCGGCAUUUUGCUGUGCAGACAUUGCGUGAAUUUGGGAUGGGUCGGCGCAGCCUUGAGGAGAGGAUCCGAGAGGAGGCCAGGUGCAUGGUGGAAGAGCUGGCCAAGACCAAAGCGGAGCCCAUCAACCCUGCUUUCCUCCUCGGCUGCGCUGUCUCCAACAUCAUCUGUUCGAUCAUUUUUGGGGAUCGGUUUGACUAUGAAGACAAGAAAUUCCUCACUUUGGUUGGACUGUUGAACGAAAAUUUCCAUCUCUUAAGCUCUUCCUGGCUGCAGUUAUACAAUGUCUUCCCUCGUGUCAUAUCUCACUUGCCUGGACCCCACAAUAGAUUAUUCAAGAAUUUGGAGACGUUGCGCCUCUUUGUUCUGGAGAUAGUCAAGGAGCACCAAGAGACCCUGGACCCCAACUUCCCUCGCGAUUUCAUGGACUGCUUCCUUCUCAAAAUGCAGCAGGAAAAGGAGGACCCCCUCACAUACUUCCGCGUGAACUCCCUCGUGAUGACCACCUACAACCUUUUCUUUGGGGGCACGGAGCCAAUCAGCGCCGCCCUCUGCUACGGGAUCCUCCUCCUCAUGAAGUACCCUGAAAUGCAGGCCAAGGUCUACGAAGAGAUCCUCCGGGUCGUUGGCCCGCAUCGUAGCCCGUCACUUGAAGAUCGGGUGCACUUGCCUUAUACUGAUGCCGUGAUCCACGAGAUCCUGCGCUUCGCGGAUGUCGUCCCCCUGGGAGGCUCCCGUUUAGUUACGAGGGAUGCUCACUUCCAUGGUUAUGUGCUGCCUAAGGGCACCGGCAUCCUGCCUUGUCUGUAUUCUGUGCAUAAAGACGCCACCCAGUUCAGAGACCCGGAAACAUUUGACCCCACCCACUUCCUGGACCAGAAGGGAAACUUCCGCCGCCGUGAUGUUUUCAUGCCCUUCGGUGCCGGCACAAGAAUUGGGGCGAGGAAGGAAGCCCGGGGGCUCCACCUCCUGAGCUGUUUCUGCCUUCUCCUGCACCUCUCAGGGAAGCGGGCGUGUCUGGGACAGGCGCUGGCUCGCAUGGAGCUUUUCCUCUUCUUCACCACCCUCGUGCAGCGCUUCACUCUCCAGCCUGUGGUUCCACCAGAGGAAAUCAACCUCUCCCCGAUGGCGUUUGGCUUAGUGUCUGGCCCACACCCGUUCACAUUCCGGGCCAUCCCUCGCUGAACAGUCUUGUUGCGGGUAGAGAGGCAAAUGCGGGGAAGGGAGCCUCACUUGCCAAGAACAGGCUUCCUCGCCCAGCUUUGUCUGUCACUGGGAACUGGGGUAGUGCUUUGGGAGGGUGUGUUCUCGGCUUGCACAAUCUGUUCUCUUGCUUGUGUGAAAUGCAGCAAUCACCUCCUGAAGUUGGAAGGCAAAGACACCUUUGCCAGCAACCUGUCCUCCGCUGACAACUCCUUGAAACUGCACCAUCCUGCCCUCUAGCUAUCCAUUCCUCAUGUAUCAGCAAAACGCUGCCUCCUGGUUUUCCUUCCUAUCGCUUCUCUUCUUGGAUGGGAGCUCCUAGCUUAUCUGAAAAGGUCUGGCCGAGCUUCAAGCGUUCCUCCACCUAUUCCACUGUGGAGGUGAAGAGGAGCUGGAAUAGAGUGGGAAGAGGAGGAUGGCCACAGACCCCAGACAAUCAGGAUUCCACUUUCAUUGUUUUAUAUUAUGCUUUAGCGGCAGAAGGUGAGAAUGGAAAGGGGUCCUUCCUUCCCAGAUCUGUGUUCUAGCUCUCUAAUGGGAAGCAGGAGCAGAGGGUGUUCUGGGCGUGCUCUGUUUUCUGCAUUCAAUGACUCCAAAAUGUGGAGAAGAAAACCCACAUCCUGCAAUGUUAACCAUUAAACCAUAUAAACAGGA